AUGAUUCACGACUAUGCUACCUCGAUUCUUAGUCGCCAUAAGAUCGAGUGGAAGCUUGGUUACAACUGGGCGUACAGAUUUAUCAAGCGUCUCCCCGACAACUGCCUCUAUACAAAGGGGCUAGGGGCGAAAGCGAAGGACCGGAUAUCAGGCCGAAAUCAGCCCACGGCUAACUCUUCAUCGUCUACGGAGAGGUCUGAUGAUAGCGCGGCACCACCAGAACUCCUCGACUACGCCUGCAAAUCCCUACGCGAUGGAUCUCUCGACCUCAACCAGCGAAAGCGAACACGCACUCGCCAUAACUGUGUCGAAGUACGCCACCCGGCGCGCAAGUGUUGCGCGUCGAGGACGGAAAAAGACAAGAAACGGAGUAAAUUGUUAGGCUGUGCGGUAACGAAGGGGAGAUCAUAA